AUGAAUCUAAUCACAAGACGCUCGUCGAAAACGAUUCGAGCGAAUGAAAAUCAUUUCAAUUAUGCGGUGCAAGUGACUCGAGUUAUUCUGCGAAUGAUCGGUGCAUGGCCGUUCUCGAGAUUUGCAUCCAACGCGGAAAAAAUUGCGAUCCGUUUGCAGCAAGUUGUUUGUUAUUUUUUAUUUGCGUUUAUUUUUGUGCCAGGUCUUCUAUUAGUUUUUUUGAAGGAACACGACUUCAAACGGAGGGUCAGAAUGAUGGGACCGCUUCUGAAUUGUUAGAUAGGUUGUAUGAAAUACAGUCUAUUCGUUUAUCAUGCGAAAGAAAUCCAAUCGUGCCUGGAACAGACACGACAAGAUUGGCAGAGUGUCGUCAAAUACAGCGAUCGGAAAAUGAUGCUAUCCAAGGCGAGAAUAGGUCGAAAGUUUGCCAUCUUCUCCGCUGUCUUCAUAUACGUCGGCGGGUUGUCUUAUCGUACCAUCAUGCCGCUCUCGAAAGGACGAAUGUUGACACCGAUGAAUACUACGGUAAGAGCUCUCGCGUGUCCCAGUUACUUUGUCAAAUUCGACGAGCAAGCUUCGCCGGCGUACGAAAUUGUCUUUACUCUGCAAUUCUUUGCGGGGUUCCUCACUUAUUCGAUGACAUGCGCCGUGGCCGGAUUAACGGCGUUCUUCAUCAUGCACGUUUCGGGUCAGCUGAGUGUUUUGAUCGGUAAGCUGCAGCAUUUUAAUAUAAUGGAGCCCGAGGAUCGGACUGUCGCAAUUUUGUUGGCCGACAUUGUGGAACAUCAAAUAAGAAUAAAAAAUUUUCUGAAACAAGUAGAGGAAGCUAUGCAAUUUAUAUGGUUAGUGGAAAUAGUAGGGUCUACUUUACUCUUAUGUCUCAUAGAAUAUUACAUUAUUAUGGAAUGGGAAAGUAGCGAUUCUACAGCAAUGUUAACUUUUUCUGUGAUGCUCAUAUCUUUCACUAUUUCCAUUUUUAUUAAUUGUUAUGUCGGUCAACUUUUGACAGAUCAGAGCAUCAAGGUUGGAUUAAUAACAUCUACGAUGAAUUGGUAUCACCUUCCGCAUAAAAGAGCUCGUACUUUAAUCCUGAUAAUGGCAUUUUCCAAUAUCCCGGCAAAAAUCACCGCAGGAAAAAUGAUAGAGAUGUCUCUACCCACAUUUGGUAACGUGAACGCAAAAGUGUAUAUACACAAUUCUAAUUAUGAGGAUGACAUAAGAUAUACCGUGCAAGUGCACAGGCUGAUCUUGGGAUUGAUCGGGGUGUGGCCGAUUUUUAAAAAAGUCCAACUUCGAAAGAGACUUUUGAAGGUAGUUCUCCGGACGAUGUGCUGGUGCUUCUUGCUUUCCUUCGACCUGAUACCAUGGGCACUGUACAUGUUUCUGAUCUUGGAUACCUUCAAGAGCAGACUGAAAAUGAUCGGUAGACUUUGCUUUUACAGUAUGGUAUUCGCCAUGUAUUGCACGCUUAUGUUACGGGAGGAUAAUAUCAGGGAAUGCGUGAAACACAUAGAGAAGGACUGGCAAAGUGUCCGAAAUGCGAACGAUCGUAGAAUUAUGCUGGAUCGGGCAAAAGCUGGACGUUUCAUUCUGAUUUGCGCUACGAUAUUCCUGUUCACCAGCGGUUUUAGUUACCGUCUGAUACAGCCGAUAAUUCGCGGCAAGAUCGUUGUCAAUGGGAACAUCACUAUCAGACCGCUGGUGCAAGGCGAUUACUUUAUUUUCUUUGAUCCGCAGCACAGUCCUGCUUACGAGAUCGUAUUUUCGAUGCAUUUAUUGACCGGUAUUGUCAUAUAUAUUACUAUGGCAAGUGUUUGUGGCGUUACCUCGUUGUUUACUAUGCACGCUUGCGGACAACUUGAAAUGUUGGCCGGUUGGCUGAAAAAUUUGUCAAACGAGGAUCAGUGGUCGAAGAAGAAUCAUGCCGUUGCUCGAAGAUUAGCGAUAAUCAUUAUGCAUCAUAUAAAGAUACGUAGAUUUUUACAUCGCAUACAAAACCUCGUAGGAGAAAUGUGUUUUAUCGAGAUUAUUGGCAGCACAUUAAUAUUGUGUUUGCUAGGAUAUUACGUGAUAACGGGAUGGGAAGGGAACGAUGCUCUCUCCUCUUUAACAUAUGCCGUAAUGCUCACAUCUUUUACCUUCAAUAUUUUUAUAUUAUGUUACAUUGGAGAAAUUUUAAGUAGUCAGCGAAGUAAAGUAUACAUAACUUGCUGCACAAUUGAUUGGUAUUGGCUGCCUAAUAAACAAGCUCGUCAUCUUAUCCUAAUGAUUGCCAUGGCUAAUUAUUCUACGAAGCUCACGGCGGGUAAAGUGUUUGAUCUUUCAUUCAGCAGUUUUGGUGCCGUUAUUAGAACCGCCAUGGCGUAUUUAAAUUUACUGCGGACAGUUACUGUAUAAUCGCGUAAUACGAUAUUAAGUAUACGUAAAAAGUUG